AUGUCUGGCCCUGAAGUGCACCAUCUUUUCCACAACCCUAUCGCAGACCAUUCUUUCUCCGCCGACCGCCAAACUCUUGCGGUUGCUAGGGACAAUAAUGUCGAACUCUACCAGAAGUCAGGCUCUAAAUUCGCGCUCCAGGAUGAACUCAAGGGCCACGAUAAGACUGUGACUGGUGUGGAUAUCGCUCCCAACAGUGGCAUGAUUGUCACAUGUUCCCAAGAUCGAAAUGCCUAUGUUUGGGAGCCUUCUCCACAAGGAUGGAAGCCUACUCUCGUCCUUUUGCGCAUCAACCGCGCCGCCACUUUUGUCCGCUGGUCUCCCUCCGAGAAGAAAUUUGCGGUUGGAUCCGGGGCACGUCUCAUUGCAGUCUGUUACUUUGAGGAAGAGAAUGACUGGUGGGUAUCCAAGCACUUGAAGAAGCCCAUUCGCAGUACAAUUACCACACUGGCAUGGCAUCCAAACUCGGUUCUUCUGGCUGCAGGAUCUACCGAUUCUCACGCUCGAGUGUUCUCCGGCUUUGUAAAGGGUAUCGACGCUCGACCCGAGGCCAGUGUCUGGGGUGAACGGUUGCCAUUCAACACUGUCUGUGGAGAAUAUCUCAACGAGUCUGCCGGAUGGGUUCACGCAGUCUCAUUCUCACCUAGUGGUGACGCCCUAGCGUUCGCAGCACACGACAGCAGCAUCACGGUGGUUUACCCGAGUGGUCCGGAACAGCCACCACGAGCCAUCAUCAACAUUAGCGCACAAACUCUCCCGUUCACAAGCCUGAUCUGGAACGGCGAGAGUGAAAUCAUCGCGGCAGGAUAUGACUGUGAAGCAUUCAGAUUCCGUGGUGGCGAGCAAGGGUGGGAAAUCACAGGAUCUGUCGAAGCGAAAGCCCGACCGGGCCAGCAGCGCGAGGAAUCUGCUCUCAACAUGUUCAGGCAGAUGGAUCUCAAGGGAAAGACGAAAGAUGAUACCCAGUUGACUACCACGCAUCAGAACACGAUCAACACCAUUCGUGUGUUUGAAGGAAGUGCGGGUGGUGUCAGACGAUUCAGCACUAGUGGUGUUGAUGGCAGAUUGGUCAUUUGGACUGCUUAG